AUGCGCUUCGACUUCAUUGCGGUCGUGGCGGUAACGGCAAUCGUAGUCCAUCUCAAGAUUCUGCGCGACGUGUGCGGUCUCCCCACCACGUCUGUGGAUGGCCGAGGACCGGCAAGUGACCACAACGACGUCGUCUUCGUGCACAACAGCUUCAUCGAUCUUGGCGGGAACAACAGCGAAGAGCGUUUGCCCUCGGCAAAAGUUGGACAGGAUAUACUUUGGGGGCAUUUGAACACGAUUUCUUACGACGACUUACCACCGAUAUUAAGCUCUGGUGAGGAUUUCCUAAAGCGCGGAUACAACUUGGUCGGAAAGGCGUCAACCCGAGGCAUUCGGGGUUUUCUUUUGCGUAUCCAAAGGCGUUAUACAACAUGGUAUAAGUCGGAGGGUAAGAUCCGCCGUAUGCUGGACAAAUUAAUGGAAUUGGCGGAGCAUACCAACAUUGGCGCUCGCCCCGUUGCAUCCAACUUGCUCGAUAGCAUAUUGAUGAUGUAUGUGAAGGAUAAGGUCCCGAUCGACGAGUUCACUCGGUUCCUGCAGUUGUUCUACACUACUUAUCUUGUGCACGACGUCGAUUUUCUAAGGAUCAAUGUACUGCGUCGUUAUAUCAAAUUCUUCAACGAGCAGGAAGGGACCGACCAUACGCUAAUCGAGACGCUGACAGAGAAUCAUGGAGCUCGUCAUCAGCUUGCAACUGCUCUCGAGAUCGCGAUCGAUACAGGAAUACGCCCUGAUGAUGCUACACAACUGCGCGAGCAAAUGAUGGAAGGCUGGAAGAAGGAAGGUCUGAAUUCCGCCGACGUGUUCACAAAGCUGAAACUUGAUGACAGGAUCUUAACUAUGUUUGGUGUGCCUAAAUUCAAGGCAUAUGAGCGCUACGCGAGGGAAUUCAUGAAGGAAGACUUGCUGGAUGCUUUGGUGCAACGCUUGGGGGGUGAGAAUAGAGUUGCAGAGUAUGCUAUGAACAUGUUCGUAGAAAGCAAGGAUCCGCGGGCACAAUGGUAUAUAAACGCGUUGCUGCGGAAGUGGAAGGAUGUCGAGAGGAUCGAUCCGGCCAAUUUGAUCGAGCUCAAGUUUACAAAUGUCAAACGGAGUAGCUUCCGUUAUGAGUGGUCGAGAGAUAUCGCAGCCGUCUACGCCAAGUUCUUCAGGGAUGGCAUUCCCCUCUAA